AUGUUGGAGUUGUGCCCUCAAUCAGAAACACCGAUUUUAGUUGCGGAAUACAAGUGGACUUGCCAACUCAUUCUGAGCAAUAUCGUCUUCUCGGACGAUCGUGAUAAACUCGGGCACAAGCCGGUGCCCGAGGCUAUACAUACAACCGCUUCAAACAUCGCCGAGUAUCAUGUGACUUCAGCGUCUAAGAAAGCCGACUUUUGCAUGUAUCUUGAUCCCAUGCAGGAUGAUUUUGCCCAAGUUUCGGAUACCAUUGACGCCCCGAAGAAUAUCUUCCCACUCGGCAUUUUUAAUCGCACAAAUCUAGCCCCGCUCUCCGACAGCCCCAUCGCCGUUGGCAUCGAAAUCAAGAAGACGGGCGAGCGUUGGGAGAACGCCAAGCUACAGAUGGAAGUCUGGAUGGCAGCCCAUUGGCAGUUCCUCUGGCAACUACUAUUACGAAAACGAGCACAAGAGCUCGCAACUAGCGACGAGAUGAGAUGGAGCCUCCCAGAUUUUAUAACUGGCAUCAUCAUCCAACGGCAUGAUUGGCACCUCAUUAUCACGACGCCAGAAGGAGAUAAGACGCUUUUCUGGCAGAAGAAGAAUCUUGGAGAUACGUCGAACUCAAUGGGAAUUUACAAGAUUAUAUAUAAUUUGGAGCUAUUGAGGCAAUGGGCACAAGAGGAAUAUUACAGAUAG